AAAAAAAAAAUCCUGAGCCACCAUGAAUUCUCAUCACUCGUCCUUGAGCCCUAACAGUUCCAAUUUAAAAGCUAGAUUCACACUAAGGUUUCUUCGAGCCCUGAAGAGAUUAAACAGGCAACCUUUAUCACCACCACCACCAAAAACUGUAUCUUCUCCAAGGGAGAUGUGUAGACGAUAUCUGAAAAUUAGGAUUGCUGCUGAUGCAUCCAUGGCUUCAGCUGUCGGGUCUAGAAGAGCUUGGAGUCGUGCUUUGCUUCUCAAGAUUCGUAGCAGACAAUGCCGGUCAUCUAGUUUAUCUACCAGAAGAGUUGGCAUGAAAGCGAAAAGCGUGGGGGAGAAGAUGAAGAAGAAGAAGCUCAAGUAUUGUAAGGAGAUGACGGAGCUUCAGAAGUUUGUACCUGGUGGCGACGCCAUGGAUGCUUGUAGUCUGAUGGAUGAGGCUGCCCAUUACAUAAGGUGCCUCAACACUCAGGUAAAGGUGAUGACAAUGAUUGCAGACCUGUACUCUGCUAAUUAACUGAGAUAGCCGUUCAUACUUAUGGAUGAAAUUAUAAGAUAAGAACAGUUUCAAUCAUCCCAAUAA